AUGCGCUCCUUCAUUCCCUUGGCCGCUACGGCCGUUUCCAUUCUUUCUGCUGUGUCUCCUGCGCUUGCUACAUUUGACCCCAAGGAUGCAUCCAAUCUCGCCGUUUAUUGGGGAGAAGGCGCCAAUCAGAAACGGCUCUCACAUUUCUGUGACUCUUCGUCGAUUGACAUCAUUCCGCUUUCCUUUAUGAAUGUCUUUCCCGACCAAGGUGCUGGAGGCUGGCCUGGAAUGACCUUUGGCAAUGCCUGCGGAGCAUCCACCUACACGGCGCCUGAUGGUACCCCGACACAGCUCCUUUCAGACUGUCAGACCUUGGUUGAAGAUAUCCCUUACUGCCAAGCUCGCGGCAAGAAAGUGUUGCUUUCGUUUGGUGGUUCUUGGCCGCCAGGGUACUAUAUCAAGAACGACACCACUGCCGUCAACUUUGCCGACUUCGUCUGGGGUGCCUUUGGUCCCAAGAAGGACUCGUGGACUGGACCUCGUCCUUUCGGUGACGUUUCUCUCGACGGUUUCGACUUUGACAUUGAGUCCUUGGAGAGCUCUCUCCCUGGCCCCUCUUACCUGUCAAGCGGUUACGCCACGAUGAUCUCGCAUCUGCGAGAGCUUUUCGCGGAGGAGCAGAGCAAGGACUUUUAUAUUUCCGGUGCACCUCAAUGUGUCAUCCCUGAUGCCCACCUUGCCGAUGCAGUCCAGAACUCUUGGUUCGACUUCCUUUUCAUUCAGUUUUACAAUACCCCGGUCUGCUCUGCUCGCUCCUCAAACAUCAGCUUCCUCGAGUGGGUGGACUUUGUUGAAAAGUAUGCGGCCAACAAGGCGCUCAAGAUUUACAUUGGUCUCCCGGCUGGCCAGGAUGCCAACAAUAACUUUUACCUGACCUUGGACGAAGUCGAGACCCUUGUUGCUGCGUACAAGGACAAUGCUUUGUUUGGUGGUCUCAUGCUUUGGGAGGCUACGUCUUCUGAGGAGAAC